UACCAUGACUGGUAUAUGAAAGGCCGUAGUACUACUAGUAAUGUGUUUUGUAGCCCGAGUACUCUGACGAAUCCUUCGAUGGAGGUCACUCUAACAGCGGCGAGAAAAUUCAUCUCCUUUGUGAACAGCAGUCCAUCUCCAUUCCACGCUGUCGAUGAAAUAAAACAGAGACUGAUCAAGUCUGGCUUCACUGAAUUGCGUGAAUCUGUUCACUGGGACAUCAAACAGAACUCCAAGUACUUUGUUACAAAGAAUGAAUCAACAAUUAUUGCGUUUGCUGUCGGAGGGAAGUUUGUUCCAGGGAAUCCAUUCAGCAUCGUCGGAGCCCACACUGACAGUCCGUGUCUGAGGGUGAAGCCGAAAUCUGCGACCAUGAAGAGCGGGUUCUGUAUGGUUGGCGUGGAGACAUACGGGGGAGGGACGUGGCACACGUGGUUUGACCGAGACCUCACCGUCGCGGGGCGCGUCCUUAUCAAGAAUGGAGGUAAAAUUGACCAUCGACUGGUACACGUGAAGCGACCAAUUCUACGCAUUCCGAACAUCGCGAUACACCUCCAGCGAGACAUGAACGAGAAGUUUUCACCCAACAAAGAAACCCAUCUCUGUCCCGUUCUAGCUACAGCUGUGCAGGCUGAGUUACAAGGUGAGAAGAAACCCGUUCCCGACAGUGAGGCGAAAACCAAGACCUCUGAUGAAGAGAUGAAGACACAGGCGGACAAACACCACCCAGCAUUGAUCAAGAUUCUGUGUGAAGAACUGAAAAUAAAUCCAGAACAAAUUCUCGACUUUGAACUCUGCCUGGCAGACACACAACCAGCGGUGAUUGGUGGCAUUCUUGAUGAGUUUAUAUUUUCGCCGCGUCUCGACAACCUGCUGAAUGCGUACGCAGCUUGUGAAGCGCUCAUUGAGUCAUGCGGUAACAACAGCCUCGCCACGGAAACCAACAUCCGGAUGAUCAGUCUGUUUGAUAACGAGGAGUCAGAUGUGUUACAGGUUUAUAGAUUAGCUAAAAUUAGUGUCGAUUUUAACGGGCUGAAACAAGAGUCUGCAACUUUAAAGAAAGUGCUAAUGCCUCAGUCUUUGUAUUACAUUGAUGACGACUUUGAUUUGUUCUGUUCCAGAGAAAAGCACGAAUCGAACCACCAGCCUGCUUUUCACAAGGGGAUCGUCAUCAAGUUCAACUCCAAUCAGCGCUACGCCACCACGGCCGUCACUGCAACCAUCCUACGAGAGAUCGCCAGAAAGGUGGAUGCUCCACUUCAGGAGGUAGUGGUGAGGAACGACUCGGCCUGUGGGUCCACGAUCGGGCCAAUCAUGUCCGCGAAACUCGGGAUGAAGACGAUCGACGUGGGCGGACCUCAGCUGAGCAUGCACUCGAUCCGCGAGAUGUGUUGUACGUCCAGCGUGCACCAGGCGCUCACUCUGUUCAAGGCUUUCUUUGAGCUGUACCCAGAAGUCUCAGCAUCGAUCAACUUUUGAAUCUACACAUGGAGACAAUAGAAUUGUGCAUCUGUAUUGUUGGUAGACGUUGCAGCACAAAGUAAAACCAUCAGUCCUGGAUUCAACGAUAUUCUAUAUUUGCAAACUAUUCAAAGAACUGUGUGUGUGAACUGUGUGUGAACUGUGUGUACUAGACUGUUAACAGGCUUGCAAGCGGGCCCUUAUUUUCCUAAUUUUCCUUAUUUUUUGACAGCAGCCCUAAUAUUCCUUAUUAAAGCUUCAAAAUCCUAAAAAGCCCUAAUUUUUUGUGUGAAAAUCCUAAAUUUUGAAAUUUUUUGAUAAAUGCAACAUAAAAUAAGUGUUGGAAUUAAUUAAAUCUAGCCUUAGUAUACUUUCAGAUAAUGAAUAUGUUGAAUUAAUGUAUUUCUCAGAAGACAUCUUGGUGGUUAUCAGCAUCAUAUUCAGCAUGGAUUUGCACCAUAUCAGAUUACUUUAAUCUGGUUGUAUUGAUAUGCUGAAUAUCGCUGUUGAUGACCAUUGGCAUGAUCUUCUGAGUUGGUAAUUAGCUUUUGUAUUUAUGUUCUCCCUGGAGGUGAGUACAGAAUGUUUUUCUUUUAUAUUGAUUAUUGAAUUUCAGUCCUUAUUUUUGUCAAAAAAUUCCUUAAAUUAGCCCUUAUUUUUUAAGAAUUUUGCCCUAAAAAAAGCCCUUAUUUUUCACAAAAUCUUGCUUGAAAGCCUGUAUUAAUUAAUAUUUUGAAACUAGACCAGCUUAAAGGCCCAUCUACCAGUGUAUUAUGAAAAAUUCAGACACGGAAAUAAGCAGUGCCUGGAACCCCAUACACCGGUCACCAUACAUGUAAAUCUGGUGACCUAUAGGUUACAACAUGUUUAUCAAGUGAACAAUUCCCACCGAUACUUAUUGGAUGCUCAAUGAUUUCAAAUCAUGUUUAUGUCCCAAGUGACAUAAUUUUCAACUGUCACGAGCUUCAGCGAAACUUUUUUUAACAAGUGACAUAAACAUGAUACUAAAUGGUAGCAAGUUUAAUAUGCUAUUUAUUACUCAUAAUCAAUCUUAAUUUAUAUCGCUCAACUCGUUUGGUUGACGCUUUGGCAAGGUUGUAUUUGAUAUAUACAUGUCAACCAUAUAUAUAUUGUCAACCAUAUGGGUAAUAAUUGGUUAUUCAUUCACAUCACUGUACUGAUAGUACUUUGUGUAAUUUAUGUUUAAACAUUCAUUUGAACUUAUUUUCGUGCUUAUAUCCAAGUAAGGUUCAAGCAUGCUGUCCAGGGCAUUGGGUUAGAGGUUAAUUGUUGGUGGUUGGUGUGAGAGAAGAGGGUGUAGUCGCCUUACCCCUACCCAGUGAGUUGAUAAAACCUACUACUGGCCUCGGUGGCGCAGUGGUUAAGCCAUUGUACUACAGGUUGGUAGGUACUGGGUUCAGAUCCCAGUCGAGGCAUGGGAUUUUUAAUCCAGAUGCCGACUCCAAACCCCGAGUGAGUGCUC